AUGUCUAUCGAUUUUCCCGCCGAGGAGGAGCUCAUCCUCAAGCGGUGGAGGGAGAUUGAUGCCUUCCAGCGCCAGGUCGAGCUCUCUCGGGGCAAGAAGCCAUACACUUUCUACGACGGCCCGCCCUUCGCUACCGGUCUCCCUCACUAUGGCCACUUGCUGGCUUCUACAAUCAAAGAUAUCAUUCCCAGAUACUGGGCUAUGAAGGGUCAUUAUGUUGAGCGACGAUUUGGUUGGGAUACGCACGGUGUUCCUGUCGAAUAUGAGAUCGACAAAAAGCUCGGCAUGUCUGGUCUGGAGGCCGUCGAGAAGAUCGGAAUUGCGAAGUACAACGAGGAGUGCCGGGCCAUUGUCAUGCGUUUCGCCGCCGAAUGGCGCCAGACUAUUGAACGCCUGGGUCGUUGGAUCGAUUUUGACAAUGACUACAAGACAAUGAACACUAGCUUCAUGGAGUCUGUCUGGUGGGUUUUCAAGCAGCUGUUCGACAAGGGCCUUGUCUACCGGGGCUACCGUGUCAUGCCGUACUCGACCGCCCUCAACACUCCCCUCAGUAACUUUGAGGCCCAGCAAAACUACAAGGAUGUCCAGGAUCCCGCUGUCGUCGUCACUUUCCCCCUAUUGGAUGACCCUGAGACCUGCUUGCUUGCAUGGACUACCACACCCUGGACCCUUCCCUCCCACACCGGUCUUUGUGCUCACCCCGACUUCGAGUACGUGAAGAUCUAUGAUGAGGCCACGAAGAAGAACUACAUCCUUUUGGAGUCUUUGCUCCGCACCAUCUAUAAGGACCCUAAGAAGGCCAAGUUCAAGAUUGUCGAUCGCCUUAAGGGUUCCGACAUGCUCGGAUGGAAGUAUGAGCCUCUCUUUGACUAUUACUACGAGGAGUUCAAGGAUUAUGGCUUCUGCGUAAUGAAUGAUGGCUACGUUACCGCUGAGGAUGGUGUGGGUAUUGUCCACCAAGCCCCUGCUUUCGGUGAGGACGAUUACCAGGUCGCCGUCAACCACGGUGUCAUCAACGAGACCCGUACCCCUCCCAACCCUGUCGACCCCCAGGGAUGCUUCACCAAGGAAGUUCGGGACUUUGUUGGACAGCACGUGAAGGAGGCCGAUAAGGCCAUUAUUAAACAUCUAAAAGGAACUGGUCGCAUCCUUGUCGACAGCCAGAUCACUCACAGUUAUCCCUUCUGUUGGCGAUCUGACACUCCCCUCAUUUACCGUGCAGUGCCUUCAUGGUUCGUGAAGAUCACUCCCAUCAUUCCUCAGAUGCUGGAAGGCAUUGAGGAGUCCCACUGGGUUCCAUCGUUCGUCAAAGAAAAGCGAUUUGCCAGCUGGAUCAAGAACGCUCGUGAUUGGAACAUUUCGCGGAAUCGUUUCUGGGGAACUCCCCUCCCUUUGUGGGUCAGCGACGACUUCAGCGAAGUUGUCGCCGUUGGCAGCGUUGAGGAACUUAAGGAGCUGAGUGGCUACACCGGUGAACUCACCGAUCUUCACCGUGACAAGGUAGACCACAUUACCAUCCCCAGCAAGCAGGGUAAGGGUGAACUCCGUCGUGUGAGCGAGGUGUUCGAUUGUUGGUUUGAGUCUGGCAGCAUGCCUUAUGCCUCCCAGCACUACCCCUUCGAGAACAAGGACCACUUCGAGAACAGCUUUCCUGGUGACUUUAUCGCAGAGGGUCUCGACCAGACCCGUGGAUGGUUCUACACUUUGACCGUCCUCGGCACUCACUUGUUUGGCAAGCUUCCUUUCAAGAACUGCGUCGUCAAUGGUAUCGUCCUUGCUGAAGAUGGUAAGAAGAUGUCCAAACGUCUUAAGAACUACCCGGACCCUUCACUCAUUAUGGACCGCUACGGCUCGGACGCUCUGCGUCUUUACCUGAUCAACUCCCCCGUUGUUCGUGCCGAGCCCCUCCGUUUCAAGGAGGGGUUCUUCGAGGGUCAAGUUGCUCUCUUGAAGAAGGCCUCCGAUGUCGACUUCAUGUUUGACCCCAAGGCCGAGACCACCAACACCAAUGUCAUGGAUCGUUGGAUCUUGGCCAGCUGCCAAAGUCUUCUGAUCUUCGUUAACCAGGAGAUGGCUGGUUAUCGUCUGUACACAGUUGUGCCUCGCCUGCUCGGUCUGAUUGAGAACACUACCAACUGGUACAUCCGAUUCAAUCGUAAGCGCCUGAAGGGUGAGAACGGUGUUGAUGACACCUUGCAUGCUCUGAACACUCUUUUCGAGGUUCUCUAUACCCUUGUUCGGGGCCUUGCUCCAUUCACUCCCUUCCUCACCGAUAACAUUUACCAGCGCCUUCUCCCGCAUAUCCCCGAGUCCCUUCGUGCUGAAGAUAGCCGCAGUGUUCACUUCCUGGCAUUCCCUGAGCCGCGUGAGGAGCUCUUCGAUGACGUUGUGGAGCGCAGAGUUGCCCGCAUGCAGAAGGUCAUCGAGCUUGGCCGUAUCUCUCGUGAGCGUAAAUCCAUUGCUCUGAAGACCCCCCUGAAGAGUCUGGUUGUUAUCCACCAGGACCAGCAAUAUCUGGAUGAUGUCAAGUCGCUCGAGGGCUACAUUAUUGAGGAGCUCAACGUGCUCGACCUUGUUCUCUCCACCGAUGAGGCCAAGUACAAUGUCCAAUACAGUGUCAAUGCCGACUGGCCGACCCUGGGCAAGAAGCUCAAGAAGGAUGUGCAAAAGGUCAAGAAGGCCCUGCCUUCUCUGUCCAGCGAUGAUGUGAAGAAAUAUGUCGCUGACAAGAAGAUCGUCGUUGACGGCAUCGAGCUGGUUGAGGGUGACCUGGUCGUGAAGCGCGGUAUCAAGGAAGAUUCGGGCUCUUCAGGCAUGGAGACCAACACCGACGCUGAUGUCAUGACCAUUCUGGAUGCCAACCUGUACCCCGAGCUGGCUCACCAGGGUAUCGGUCGUGAGAUUAUCAACCGUCUCCAACGUCUCCGUAAGAAGGCCGGCCUUGUCGCAACGGACGAAGUUAAGAUGGAGUAUAUCGUCCUUUCGGACCCCGAGAACAUCGGUCUGGGCGAAGCCUUCAAAUCCCAAUCCCAAGCUAUUGAGAAGGCUGUUCGUCGGCCUCUCGAUGAGCGCACCCUGGUCGAUGGCAAGACCCCUAGCGCUGAUGAGGAGGGCACUAUUGCUCAGGAGGACCAGGAAGUGCAGAACGCGACAUUCUUGUUGCGUCUGGUCAAGCUGUAA